AUGGCGAAGAAGCUUAGCAAACCGUUUGAGAGAUAUUCAAGUAGCGAUCAAUAUUUGAUUGCAUUACUUUGUGCUCCGUUGAAAAAGUCCAAAAUCAAGGCGACGGUGUUACCGAAACAGGAAAAUGACGAACUCUUUCGAUGGAACGCGUGCAAUCAAUUCGUAGAAAGUCGACUGACAUCUUCAGAAGAUGAUAAGAAGUAA